AUGCAGAGAAGCAGAGGGAGGCACCUGGAACAAAAGCAAGCAUUAGAGCGGCGGAAGCAGAAGGCAGCAGCACUUGGAAACAGAAAUAAGAAGGAUCAGCAGAAUGGUUUCCUUCGAACACAGAUCAGUAUUGGACCCUUCUGGCUGGCCUUACCUAAUCCAGCCAAUCCAGUUAUUAUUUUCCAGGGGAAUAUUUUAAGAACAACAUUAAGGGGAAUAGCAUGGAGUGAGAACUCAAUACCUUUGGCCAGUAGGACUACGGGAUUUGCAGUGGAUCUUUAUCACGCUCUUCGUUCAUCUCACAAGGAAGAGAACAUCUUCUAUUCCCCACUUGGCGCAAGUAUGAUUCUUGGAAUGGUUGAGUUGGGCGCAAAAGGAAAAUUGAAAUCUCAAAUAAGACAAAUGCUAAAACUUCAGGGGAAUGCUACAGAAGAAGACUUUUUUAUGCUCAAGUCAUUUUUCUCAGUCAUCUCAGAACAAAACAAAGAAUUUACAUUUCAUCUUGCCAAUGCCCUUUACCUUCAAGAAGGAUUCUCUGUGAAGGAACAGUAUCUCCAUAGCAACAAGGAAAUUUUUCAGGGUGCUGUUAAACUGGUGAAUUUUCAAGAUUCUAAGGCUUGUACAAAGGCAAUAAAUACUUGGAUAGAAAGCAAAACAGAUGGAAAAAUGAAAAACAUGUUUUCCACUGAAGAAUUUGGUCCACUAACAAGGCUCCUUCUGGUGAAUGCUAUUUACUUCAAGGGGGAUUGGAAACAGAAAUUCAAGAUAGAGGCUACUCAGUUAAUGGGCUUUACUAAGAGAGAUGGUUCCACAGUCAAGAUACCGAUGAUGAACCUUCUACUGAGGACAAAAUUUGGUCAUUUUUCAGAAUCCAAUGUGAGCUAUCAAGUGUUGGAAUUACCUUAUAAAGGUGAUGAAUUUGGUUUAAUUCUUAUACUUCCUGAGGAAGGCACAGACAUUGAAGAAGUAGAAAAACUGAUUACUCCUGAGCUGGUAAAAGAAUGGCUCACCAAAAUUCAAGAGGAAGAGGUGGAAAUAAGGCUUCCUAGGUUUAAAAUAGAGCAGAAAUUAGACUUCAAAGAAGUUUUUCACUCUCUGAAGGUAACAGAGAUGUUUAGUGGUGGCUGUGACCUUUCUGGAAUAACAGAGUCCGGUGAUCUGCAUGUAUCUAAAGUUGCACAAAAAAUUUUCUUUGAGGUAAAUGAAGACGGCAGUGAAGUUGCAGCAUCCAGUGGUAUGCAGGUUCCUGUCAUCAUGAGUCUUGCUCGAAACCAGUUUGUGGCCAAUCAUCCAUUUAUGUUUAUCAUGAAAAAUAAUCCAACAGAAUCAAUUUUGUUUAUGGGAAGGAUGGCAGAUCCUGAAGUUCAAAAGAUAAAGGGAAGAGAUACAGAUUCACUGUAAAUGAAGCCAC